CAAGGAAGGGAAAUAAUUACUUCAGUGUGGACACACAAAGACGUAUUAUAUUUCAGGCAAUAACACAAACUAUGCUUUCGUAGACUUAUCCAAUGUCUUAGAACAUAAAACAAGACACAAAAGACAAACUGAUGAAGCUCCGUGUGAUUUAAAGGAAGAAUUGUUUCUUCCUAUUUCUUAUAAAAAUAACAAGAAAACAUUGCAACUGACGAGAAAUAACCAGUUUUCUACAGAAAGUAUACCUCUACUUAUACAGGAUGAAUACGGAUACCUAACCAAGAAGAAAAAAACAAGAAAGAACGAGGUUACAUCACUGUAUUAUUACGAGGAGGAUGGAAUCAGAAUUCCAAUCAUGGUAAAAUGUCGGUUCCAAAAUGACUGUUCAUCAUCAAGAUGCGAAAUCACCGGAGACUUAUUAACACAAGAUAAGCUAAUAGAAAUAGCUGGAUCUGCUGCUGAUAAGAAAGCUGAAUAUGAUAAAGCACUAGACGUGGUUCCUCAUAAUGUUAAAUUUCUUCCUGGAUUUGAAGAUACUAUUGCUGCCGGAACAGAUGACGCACGGGUACCAGGUUUAGAUCCAGAAGGAUGUCCCAAUGACAAGCUACCACCAGUAUUAGAACCAAGUAAGAAAUUAAAGAUGGACGACAUAUUAUCUGAGGAGGCGCUACAUAUACUAGCAAAAGAAAAACAGAAAGAUAAAGGAAAAAGAAAGAAAAGACAAAUAUCAGGAAACCUAUUUGCUGAAGACGAAAACGUUAUAGAUCUGGUGAUGACAAAUGAUUUUCAAUACUUUCAACAAUUUAAGAAUCUGGAUGGCAUUGUGAAGACGAAUGAGGAAGCUUUGGGCUUGAUGGUAGAAAAACAAGCAUAUGACGCCUAUGCGAUAGAUAAUAUAAUGUUUAACAUCAGAAGAUAUGCACCAGAUAUAAAACUGCGGGUUCAUCUUAACGCAAUCAUACCAAUAAUGGCACACGAGGACGCUGCAGCUUGGUCUGAUAAUCCAAUCAAGCUAUCAGAAACAGAAAUACACUUAGAUGCAGAUAAGGCCCUGGAUGCUCUUGUGAAAUUUGUAUACAAUAACAGUUACCUAAUGGUAAAUGUUGAUCAUGUGAUGGCACUUACUGGGCAAGAUUUGGUAAGGAACAACACAAAACUUGAAAUUAUUGAAAGAGCAGUAAAAGGAUAUACUUUUACUGGUCGUGAUGGUGUCAUGUGUAAACAACCUUACUACGCCGUCUCCAUCAUUGAGUCACCAGGUUUAGGAUUUGUUCCAAGGGUUGGUGCACACGAAUUAGCUCACAAUAUGAGAUGUCCCCAUGAUGUCACUGCAGGUUGUACGUCAGAGGAACAGUUCGUAAUGUCGCCGAACUUUAAAGCUGCAACAUACACAUAUAGGACUAAUCCAUACACAUUUUCUCCAUGCUCCAUUGAAAAAAUUCGUGAGCACCUUUUGAACCUGAGUGGUUUAAUGUCCAACGAGGCCACGAAUGAACCUAAAUAUGAAUGUUUAAAACAUCAUUCAGUGAAUGGUGAUUAUAGUUUUGUUGACCAAUCUAUAUUACCCGGACAACGAUAUCAAGGGAACGAUCAGUGUAGAUACUUGAUGAGUGACCCUUAUUCUGUUCUAUGUGUGAAACCUAGACCUUCGUACUGUUGGGAUUAUUUAUACUGUUUAAAUUCAAAAGAUGGUUAUUGUUAUGGUGUGUAUGCAUAUAAUGGAAGCCCAUGUAAUGAAACUGCUAUUUGCUAUAAUGGCAAUUGCAUGCUCAGGGAGUAUAUUCCAAAGUCAACAACAACCGAGGCAACACCUCCACCAGAGGUUACAACGGAGAAAGAAUCAACAACAAAGCAAACUUCAACAGGUGUAACGGAAUUAACAACAACUACAGAGGUAUCACCUCCAACGGAGUUUACAACGGAGACGGAAUCAACAACACAGAAAGUUACAACAGGUGUAACUGAAUUGACAACAACAACUACAGAGGCAUCCCCUCCACCGGAGGUUACAACAGAGAAAGAAUCAACAACAAAGAAAGUUACAACAGGUGUUACUGAAUUGACAACAAAUACAGAAACAGAACCCCCAUCGGAAUUUACAACGGAGAAAGAAUCAACAGGUGUAACUCAAUUAACAACAACAACAGAAAAUCCUGUCUUACCCCAAUGGUCUGAAUGGACUUUAUGUAGUAAAAAAUGUGACAGAAAGAGGAGCAGGUUCUGUGGAAGAAAUGAAGAAUGCAAAAAAAAAGGACGAAUUAAACAACAUGAAGCUUGCACGGAUGAUUUUUGUCAAGUAGAUACGACAAAGCCAAAGGCAAAGGCAAAGGCAAAGGUAAAGCCAAAGGCAAAGCCAAAGGCAAAGCCAAAGGCAAAGGCAAAGGCAAAGGCAAAGGCAAAAGAGGAAGUUUAACAAAGGAGGAUCUCUGUCAUAUACUGCUUCAAGAUUAAGAAUACUAUUAAAUAGUGAUUUAUUAAAAAAUGUGUUAGAUUUCAGUUCAAUUUUACCAAAAUUAUCGUUCUAUAGAGACAACUGGCUAAAAGCGACAUAACAUUCACAGCAUUUGCAAAGCGAUCAAAAUAGAAAAGUAACUCUACAACUUAAAAAGGUGACAAAAUCAGGAAUUUGUUUACGUCGGUAACCAUACUGAUCAAUUCUUUUUUAUUGUAAACAACAAUCAUACAUUUUGAAAUAAAGAUCUGUUUACCUGUUAUUUGAAAUAAACAC